AAUGGAGGAUAAUUACAAAACUCAAGGAAAAUCCUUUAUUAAUCUCAAACAGCUCCCUCCUUUAGAUCCAGACAACAUCUCCGCCAUUUCCUCCAAGAUUAAUCGAAGCCACAUAGAAGAAAGAAAUCCGGUUGAAGAUGCUGAGAGAAAUAAAGCAUCGGAAUCUUUGAAGGUUGAAGAUGCUUCUUUAGGUAACAAAGUGAGCAGACAGAUUUCCACUACUAGGAGGAAAACGACAAAGAGGCACAAAGCCCAUAAAACUGCUUCCAAUAAUGAAGGUGAAGAAAGGCCACAGGGAAGGGCAAAAUCGGAUCUGCACGAGAUAUGCGCUGCUAACAAAUGGCAGCCUCCUUUAUUUGAGUUCUGUAUGGAUGAAGGACCUAGCCACAUGAAGACGCUCACAUUCAAGGUAAUGGUUGAGAUAAGAGAAGGCUCGAGUAGUACUGUCUUAGAAUGCUUCAGCGCUCCUCAAUCCAGAAAGAAGAGUGCAGUAAACCAUGCAGCAGAAGGAGCCUUAUGGGGCUUAAAGCAUCUUGGUUAUUUUUCAAAAAACAGAUAAUAUUGCAGAAGUGAAAAUAGCAAAUCAUCGUUGAGAAAUGAACGAAAUAGUGAAUUGUCC